AAACUUGACCCAAAUUCCAAACCGCGUUUCAAUCUCGUUUGUGAAGGGAGGGGCACAGCAAGCGUAUAUAAAUUCAGAUGGCUCUAGUAGAUCACGAUAUCGAGGAGUUUCUUGUCAAGGCGCCAUGUUUAAAUUGUUGGCUCUUUGUGCUCUGCUGUCUGCAGCUGCAGCCCAGUACCAUGCUUCCCAAAAUGAGUUGACCACUCCCUAUCCCAGAAACUACCACCCACCAGCCCCCGUCCACUAUGUCAAUAUCGGCGCCAACCUGGCAGGAGACUACAAGUUCGGAUACGACACCGGAAAAGGACCUCUAGGACAAAGCUUCAGAGAAGAAACAAGGCUGCCCGAUGGUACGGUAAAGGGAGCUUAUGGUGUUUUGGACGAACAAGGACGCCAGAGGAUCAUCCGGUACACCGCAGGAAAGGGAGGCUUCACUGCCGAGGGUGAUAUCGGACCCAACGGCGCCCCUGGUGUAGCCCCCGGACCCGCCCCACAACCCGUUGCCGCAGCUGCUCCAGCCUACCAGCCAGCUCCUCAACAAUACAGUGCCCCUGCUCCCCAACAAUACAGUGCUCCGCAACAGUACAGUCCUCCCGCUCAACAGUACAGACCCGCUCCUCAGGCGGCUGCCGGCAGAUACGACAGCGGUCAGUGGGACCCCAGGAAGGACGAUCCUUAUUACCAGGAUGGUCCAGCUUUCAUUGACGUGGACAGGCUGUCCUACAAUAUCGGCACUGCCAGACAGGGAUAAGCUGCACGUCCUAUAAAAAACUUUCGCGAAAGAAAUAAGAUUUGUAUUGAUAAAUUUGUCCUGUUGCCCACUCAUGAAUAGUGUCAUAUUCGUUAAAAUGAAGUGCCGUCGAUUAGCAAUCCAGUUCUAUGUAGAAUGCCGAUUAUCCGAACUGUCCAUUAAUUCGAACGUUCCAGCUUCAGACUGAACUACACAUGAAAUUAUUAUAGAUGAAAGUGGCCAAAUAUCAUUAUACUGGAAAAUAACCUUUGUGCUUGUCUGGAAUACAUUUUACAUCCUUUGUUUAAUUAUCGGAAAUCUGGCUAAUCCGCACCGAGAAAGUUCUCGAUAGAUUCAGAUAAGCGACAUUCUACUGCAUUUGCUGUGCAUGUUUGGGGUCUGCUUAGCUGUGAAAAAUGGAUACCUUUAGAGUAUAUAGCAUCCUUUUUAAAUUGCCGAAUUUUCUUUUUGUUUGAUGAAAUUCUGAUAAUUUUCUGAAACUUCUAUUUGCUAGAAAUGAGUUUGAUGAAAUAUAUUUAGCUUUGUUUUUCGGAAACUUCUUGUUGGCGUAGAGAUUAGUCCGUUUUUUUAGCCGUUUCUCGAAGUUUUUAUUUGCAGACGAAUUUAAUGUCAUUUCUUUUUUUCUUUGCCAUUCUUUUCAAUUCUUUGUCAUUCUCUUCAAUUCUUUGUUUUUGAUACCCACUUUGUCUCGAAUUGAUAAUUUGACUUUCUCCACUUAUUAUCCGUAUGACAUUUUUCUUUCGACAAACAAACGACAAUUGCGGUGUCCUUUACUAAUAAUUCUAUGCUUUAUUCUAACCGUACAUUCCGGAUGAUUUUAGUGAUCCAGUUUGACUCUGGCUUUUUUUUAACAUUCUCUAAAAGUGUCAGACAACUUUUCAGAUGCCAAAAUGCUAAGAAAAGCAAAAGUGAAAAAAAAUCUCAUAUGCUUCUCUUUUAAAUUUAUUGUGAAAAGAGAAAUACCGAUUUUGACAGCUUUUAAAGUACCAUUUACGAGCUCCUACUGAUAUUCUGAAACAGAAAAAUAUUUCUCCAAGACCAUAAAUAUUGCUUCUAUGAAGUUAAGUUGUAUUCUUUGUUUUUCAAGAAACAAGAUGUUACCUCAUUCCAAUUCCUGAUAAGACUAUAUUGGCUUCAUUUCCAUUUACUGGAGAUUUCUGCAAAGCAACAGGGAGGGAACCAGCCUUUCUUUGCAGAUUACUGCUUUUGUUUACUGCGAUUCAGCAACUCAAUCGGAAAUUUUAAGAACCAUAGAUUUGUGAAUUACCACAGAUUUGUGAAAAACAGUUGCCAAUUUUCUAUGUGUAAAUAACUGAAAUAAAAUAUUUAUGUUUUACCUUUAA